CCGCAGCCAUGGCCGCUGCCUGCUGAAAACGAAGUGCGCAGCAGAACGACGCGGCAGAAGGGGGCUCUUCACGGAGCAGUAAACAACAACUACCGAAGUGAAACAGCAGCUCUUAUCCUUCACAAGCCAACAUGACAGCAACUGUUAUAUCUCCUUUCCUGGAAUACGGAGAAGUCGCCAAUAAGGACAAUGAGAUGUUCAAAUACAGCAACAACAAUAGUCUUGGUGGAACUCGGCUGACGCCUGCCACAUGCUCCAGUGCCAACCAUUCCUGCAACCCCAUUGAGUCUCCGCUGGACAGGAAGGUGGUGGAGGCCCCCUCUCCAGUAGACCUUUUCCAGCGCCGUCACUCAGUCAGCCUCCCCAGUACGAAGUUCAUUCAGGAUCAGUUUGUCAACAGCCUUAAAAUGGAUCCCUCAGUGUUGCCCGGUAACAGCUGCAGUGGCAACAACAAGGAGAACUAUUUUCGUGAGCGCUCUUACUCAGAGCUAGGGGACAGGCUACGGCCAGGUAAUCAAGUGUGUGUGGGGGUAAGUAGCCAAGUCAACCCUAGCCGUUAUAAAACCGAGUUGUGCAGACCCUUUGAGGAGAACGGCUCCUGCAAGUACGGAGAUAAGUGCCAAUUUGCCCAUGGCUUGCAUGAGCUGCGCAGCCUCAGCCGUCACCCAAAGUAUAAGACUGAGCUGUGCCGCACCUUCCACACAAUUGGUUUCUGCCCAUACGGCCCUCGCUGCCAUUUUAUUCACAAUGCAGAGGAGCGACGUGGGCCCCCUCCCCUCUCUGUCUUUAACAAGAUGGUGCGCCCUCGGCUGCAACACAGCUUCAGCUUCGCUGGCUUCCCCAGCUCAGGCGGCCUGGAUGAUAACCCCACCUCAGUCACUCCUCCAACAGUGUUCUCCACUGAAGACCUGACGGUGUUGCAGAGCAACCCCUUCACCUACUCAAGCCAGGAGCUUACCAGCCUCUUUGGCCAAAGCUUGGAUCACCCACUUCCAUGCAAGCCUCAAGGUCUGGUCCCCUCUUCCCCAACCACUCCUUGCUGUUUUCAACCCACAUCAGAGAGCCCCCCCAUUCCCCCAGACUCUCUGUCUGACCAAGAGGGGUACCAGAGCAGCAUGGGCAGCCAGAGUGGCUCUGAGUCCCCCCUCCUGGAUGCCUCUCGUCGUCUCCCCAUCUUCAGCAGGCUUUCAAUCUCUGAUGAUUGAGGUGGACCCCGGCAUUGUUUGACCUGAGGGAGAGCAGGAGGGAAAGAGACGAUUGAGACCACCAACUUCAAUAACUCCCUCCUCCUCCUCUCUGUGUUGUUUACAGGAGUAGGAGAACACCGGAUGCCUUCUCAUUUGAGGAUUGUCUCGCCCUUAAGGACCCCACCAAACACCGAUCAAGUCUCCUCACCGUGAUGAACAGUUGGUACACCAGAAACAUCUUAACGUACAGGCCCUGCAUUGGAGGCCAUGAUGAAGUAAAUGUAAAUGAUUUUGAGAAGAAGCUCAGAUGUCACACUAUAAAGAAGUUUAAUGACUUGUUGGUGCAGACAGAGUGGCAUUGGGGUCAGUUUGUGUGUUCAUUGUCCAGUGGAGGGUAAUGACCUGUGCUGGAAUCUUUACACCUCCGGGCUUAUCAUAGCUCAGUGUUCAACUUUUAAAUGAUAGUUACCACAAAGUGAACCGGAGAACGUUUCUAAAUUAGACUUCUCUUCUAGUCGUGUCCAGCUUCCUGUUCCUUGCCAUGUAAUUGUUUAUUUUGUGAGGAUGACUUGGAUUAUUAUGUGCCUUGUUUCACUGAGCUGGUGGUCAGUUAUCUUUCUCUAGGGGUUUGGAGUGCAGAAAGUUUUUGAACAGGAUUCAAUAGAAAUUCUGAAGUCAAAGCUUGAAUUAAAGGGGAGUUUCACUCAAAUUACAAGAAAUAUUCUUACACUUCCCUUUUAUUAACUUGUAUAGUCAAGCUUUUCCUUUUCCAGUCUCUUAAGAUUUCAGCCUCCGUCCCAAAACAUUGACCGUGGGUGGAAUUUAGUUUAUGUUCAAAGAGUCAAAAUAGAUUUGCUUUAGAUCAACAUCAGCAUCUCUGAACUAGUAUCUCUGGAUCACCCACAGAAAACACUCGGUGCUGUUUUCUAAGUCUUUUUGUAAAAGAAAAAAUGUCUAUUGACUGCAGUUGUCACUGAAGUCUGUCUUGAAAAAGACAACACUUUAGCAAGAGAGGAUGUAAGAAAGAUAAUGUCUUUUCUUUGGUAGUUUGGGUGACCUCUUAGCCAUUGUUAGGUUCCUGCUAUUAAUUUGCCACCUCAGAGUCUUUAAAGUUAAAACUCUGCUGCAAAGUUAAUAUCAUUAAACCCUAAAUAGUUCAGCUGUUUAGCCUUUUCAAUCCCAUCCCUUUCCAACCCCCCUCAGAUCAAUUCUGUCUCUGAGGUGAUAUGUUAGACAGCUGUCUGAAAUCAGUUGAACCUGAACUCUUCUGUUGAUUCCACCAUAUUCAAUUAUUAUUAUUAUGGUCAUGUUAUUUUCUAGUUUGUUUCUCAGAGUCUUUAGUGUUGGGGCUCUGGUCAUCACUGCUUAUUUAUCAAAAUGUAUUUAUUGCUGAUCUUAAGCAUUUUUUUUAUUUUGUAUUUAUCUGGUUAAUUAAACUAUAGAAUAUAUAUUUUUUCUUUUAUGUUAAAUUAUGAUCUUCCGUAUUAAUCACAGAAUGACUGUUUAUUUUUACUCGCAGUUAAUAUAUUAUUCUGCAAUGACGUUUUUUGUAACACUUGAUUUAUUUUGAAAGUGAAUUUUUAUUUUGAACACAAAGGUUUAGUAUUUGUAUUUAUUUUGAGUUCCUUCCACGUGCACCAUCAGUUCAAGGUUCUUUGUGGCAAUCUGAAGGCCCGGAUGCAUUGGAAGUGGCAAAGUUAAUGCCCCGCUGCAAGCUGUAUGCCUAACUACAAACUUUAUCUAUUCAUUAUAGGGAUAGAAAUCUUUUGCUGCCAUUAUCAGUUUUAAAGUGAAGAGAGAAGCCAACACAGUAAUUACCAACUAAUUGGAUAACAAGGGUAGAGUCAUAGUUUCUGAUGGUCUGGACUAAGUAUGAAUGCACUUAGGGUGCGGUUGGUGUUGGUUUUACAGGGUUUUUCCAGCCAACAUUUACAAUAUGUGCCUCUAUCACAGCUGCCAGAUACCGUGUGUGUAAAAGAUGGGGCAAAAAAAAUGAAGACCUUACUUUCUGACACGCUGUUAAUAGGUUGUGUGAGAGUUAAUACCUUAGGUGUAGUUAUAGGGGCUGGAGAAUGCAUUAUCUCAGUGAGCGUCUGAACAGCUAAUGUGAGUGUGUGUGUUGUUCCACUCGCUCUUAGUCUGAUACCUGCACUCUGGAUUAGGAUUUGUGUUCAGUGAGGUAACUUCAGGUUUGACCCUUGGUAAAUCGUCGAACAGCUACUUUGAGAUAACAGAUCAGAAUUUAUAUAAGCGUAGCAUGACCAAUCAGUUCUCUUGGAAAAUUGAGUCACUACACAUAGUGUAUUCCAAUAAAUUAUUUAUUUAUUUGACACGUGGGACUGCAGCUGAAAGUAUAAGACUAAAAACCGUGAAACACAUCCUGUGAAUAGAUCUAAGCAAACACAUUAACUUAAUGGAAUACAAAAAUGUACUAAGACAGAUCUGCUGGUGCUGUAGUGAUGAACAAUAUUAACGUACACAGUGACAGUCUUUUUUUCUUCUUGCUACUGCUGUUUUCCCCCUUCACUGUCUUAACACACAGGGUAUAUAUUUGUCAGUAACUAAUGGCUCUGAGGUAUUAAAUUCACUGUGACUGUAUAUACAUUUAUAUUUAUUAAAAUGAUUUUAAGGGCUUUCAGCCUCAUUUGGAAAUUGCACCAAGAAGUAUGGGGAUAUAAGUUGUAAACAACAUAUUAAGUGGUUUUACCUCCCUCCUAAGAUAAGUAUACCAUUGGAAAACGAUUUUCUAAGAAUCGGCACAACCAAUUUGAACAUUAGGAUAUUCAGAAAUUAAGGUAUUCGUAUUGAUCUACUGAGAUUGAUUGAAUUCACAGUGAGUCAUACACUUGGAAUGUUGGAACAGAACUAGUGUGUACAUAUCCCUUUACCAUCUUCUCUCUGCACUCAGCAAAUUUCCUAAUGUCAAGAUGGGAGUGUUGACCACAGUUUACAAUUAAUCCAGGCCUCUUAUCGCUCACCCUGCAGCAGUCCUGGGUAGAACUAGCAUAUCUACCCUUUAGACUGGUUCUGGAAUAGUCUCGUCUUCAUACUAUGGUGAAUUCUCAUUUGAUUAUCAGCCACUUAUACUGACAAAACAUUUUUAGGUUGUUUUGAAAGGCUGAGCAAGCACGUCUGUUCCACGGUAUCACACAUAGGUCAUGAUGAUCAGGAUUAUGUAAAGCUUAUUUUUGACCACUUUUUCAAUGAAGUGCCUAUAAACACAUUCCAGGUUCCCCAAAUCUUGUGCCUUCAUAUGUUUCUCUAUAAGAUGUAUUAUUGUCAUUAAACAGGACUUACACGUGAAAUGCAACUGUUGAAUGUAUUCUACAGCAGAUUUUGCUGUCACCAUAGUAAUUGCUCAGUUUAUGGUUUAUUUUGUAAUGACAGAUUGCAGUUACGACCAAUAAAGUCUUUAUACUGAAUAUGUGAGUUGAUUUUUGAAGCUGUUGAAAUGAUACAUUUUACCAUUAUACCACACUAUAUUAUCUCACACACACUUAGCUAUAAACUUCACACACACACAUCUCUUCACUGCAUCUGCAUAGAAAGUUCACGCCUGCAACUGUUUCUUUGUCAUUCCCUCUCCAGAAUGCUCUUCGCAUGCUGUAUGAUUGUCUGACCUUCCUUGCAAGGAAUAAAGUUUACUUAAAAGAC